GGUCUCGGGCAGACAUAGCUGUCCCGCGGUUAGCUGUGGUCUGGCUGAGAGGGUGGCAGUGGGAGCGGCCCCACUCCUCUGCCUGUUGCUGAGGCCUGUGUUUCUCUCCUGUAAAUCUAAGGUGCCUUCAUGAAUAAUUUAAAUGACCCUCCCAACUGGAACAUCCUGCCAAAUCAGCGAGAGCCCGGGGAUGAGGGCAGCAGAUGGAACUACGCCUUGCUGGUCCCCAUGCUGGGCUUGGCCGCCUUCCGUUGGAUCUGGACCAGAGAAUGUCAAAAAGAAAUAGAAAGAGAAAAAAAUGAAUAUUAUAAAAAACAUUCAUCUUUACAAAGAGACCUGGAAGCCAAAUACCGGGAUAUAAUCACAGAAAAUCGUCGCACAGUUGCUCACUUGGAGUUGGAGCUUGAAAAGGAACGCAACAGAACCCUGAGUUACCGUGAAGCCCUGGUGUCCCAGAGUCGCAAACUAGUAGAAGAAAGAAGGAUCCUAGAACAGGAGCAGGAGAAGUUAGAGCGAGAAAAACAAGUCCUUUUGCACUCAGGAGCAGCAGGUAACUUGUACCAAAGGUGUCUGGCAAAGGAAGAAGAGUGGCAAAACAGAGCCAAUAUUUUACUAAAAGAAUUUGAAGAGGGACUUAAAGUAAGACAGGACAUCUACUGCAGUCUUGUUGUACCCAGAAGCCAGAGACUGGAAAUAGAGAAAAAUCUGCUAGUUAAAGCGGCAACUGAUCCUGUUGCUGUGGCUGUACAUAUGGAAAGUGGCUUGAAAGAUAUUUUCAAACAUGAUAACUACUGUGGCAAUCUGCUGAACAGAAACAAAAGUCAAAAUGGAAGACUUAUGUGGCUGUAUCUGAGAUACUGGGAACUGGCAAUUGAACUACAAAAGUUCAAGAGGGCAGAAAAGGCCAUGUUAGGAAAACAAUAA